AUGACUCCUGAGAUAAAGGAAAUGAAAAAAGUGAGGAAAUCUUUGACUGAAACUGUGAAAAAACUACCGGAGACUUCACUAGUACAGGCCGGUCUACCCUUCAAGGAAAAAGGAACCACCCCAGAGGAGAAAUAUGAGUGCUGUCAUGAAAGUAAAGAGUCGGCUGUACUCAACAGCAUGGAGGAUACCAUUUUCGUCAAAGGAUUUGACCCUUCCCUUGCUAGGGAUGAUAUCAAGACCGCAUUGAGGACACAUUUCGGUACAUGUGGAAAAGUCACUAGGGUUUAUGUUCCCACAGAGUGUAAAACCGGUGCUACCAUAGGAUAUGCGUUCGUUGAUAUGCGAAGUAGUAGUGUAGAGAAGGCCUUAAAGCUCUCUGGAAGUUCAUUGGGAGGAUGGAAUCUUGAGGUUAUGAUGGCUAAAGACAGAUCGGAAUUCUACAACCUCACUAACUUUAGAGGUUGUGAACGUUGUUUUGUUAUUAUUCUAAACCGCGUUGUGGCAAGAUUCAAUGUAACUCGUGGUGGUCGUAUCAUCCCGACCAAAUUCAAAGUUGAACCCUAG